AUGCCACCAGAGGAACUGAAAACCUUGCUCUUAGAAGCCAAGAAGAAAAGAAGAAACUGUAAAGCUGCUAUUACCAGACUAGGGAAAGUACUAGAUAGACUGAUUAAUGAAAAAUGGGGAAUAGAAGAAAUCCAAGAAAUACUUUUGAAAAUAGACACUGCAUUUGAUAAUCUGGUGGAAACACAUACUGCAUAUACUCAAAUGAUAGAUGAGGAGGAUGAAUUUGAAACUGCUGAAAUUUGGUUGGAUGAUGUGCAAAACCAGAGGAAUUCUGAUGUAAAUAAUAUUGUUGAUCCUGACAACCACAGUAUAGACGAUAAUCCGAGUACUUCUGCUGUUGUUAAUCCGAGUACUUCUGCUGUCAACCCAAGUACUUCUGCUGAUGAUAAUCCGAAUCCAAGUACUUCUGUGGAUCCGAGAGAUUCUGCUGCUGCUAAUCUGAGAAAUUCUAUUGCUGUUAAUCUGAGAAAUUCUACUGCUGUUAAUCCGAGAAAUUUUACUGCUGUCAAUCCGAAUAAUUUUGAUGCUGAUAUUCUGAGUACCGAGAAUAUGAAUGGUCUUACUGCUUCAAUAGCCUGA